AUAGCCGAUGAACACCUGAGAAUUUUAUUAAGUUGGUAAAUAAACACAUUUGUGAGACUUAUUUUAAAUGUAAUUUUGAGAGCACUGCACAAUAGUGACUUUCAAAAUGUCAUCCAAACGUGUUUUUAAAAAGCUUUUGGAGCGACUCAUCUUCGCUGAUUAGACAUUCUUCGAAAAGCAUGACGUAUCGAUACUAUUGGUUUUCACUCAACGACGACAUCGCGAGAUUACAGUAAUGAUGAAGCGUGCCUAGCAACCUCCAAUGUUCAGCCUUUCAGCACUUCCUACUAAGAUCAGUUGCUAAAUCUGACCAAUCGUGUUCCUCCAUGGGCCCUAUCGUCCAAUAGGAGGCUGCCGUGGUCCGUGUGGAAAGUUUACCGGUUCGGGUGCAAAGUUUCAGCCGUCUGCAAAGCAGAGCUCGUCUGCAAACGUGUCUGGAAUAUGCUGGGGACGUCCACGGGGUUUUUAAACGGUUCCUAGAAUCCUGUAAAUUCCGCUCUUUGGAUGUAGCUUCACCCGGAGGACACCGUGAAACAUUUUCUCUCUGUGAACUUGAAUCGACGGCGGACCGCCAGGAAACAAAAAUGGCCUGCGAGCCCAACCGUGCCCGGUUGCUAUGUAUGCUCUCACUGACUUUCAGCUUCUUCAUCGUCGAGGUGGUGGUCAGCCGCCUCACCUCUUCUCUCUCGAUGCUCUCGGACUCCUUCCACAUGUUGUCGGACGUUAUCGCAUUGAUCGUGGCUCUGGUCGCGGUGCGGUUUGCGGAAAAGACCCACUCGACCAACAAAAACACGUUCGGAUGGAUCCGGGCAGAGGUGAUGGGUGCUCUGGUCAACGCCGUCUUUCUCACGGCGCUGUGCUUCACCAUUGUCCUGGAGGCAGUCGAGCGCUUCACCAAUCCCCACGAGAUCGAGACCCCGGAGGUGGUGGCCGGGGUCGGCGCCGCCGGGCUCCUAGUCAACUUGCUGGGGCUGUGUUUGUUCCACGGGCACGCUGGGGGAGGCCACGGACACUCCCAUGGGGCUAAGGGGAAGAGGGGGAAAACUGAAAAGUUCCAGAAGGCUGGGAACGGAUCAGCGGCAGAGGAGACCAACAACCUGGUGGGGCAUCACAACAGUCCGGGUGAUGGGAGGUCAAGAACCGAUGUCAGCUGUAAAGACAACCCGGAGGUGCAGAUGAACGGCAACACCCACUUCGACGAGCUGGACCAUGACUCGUCGGCGCAGCUCAACAUGCGGGGGGUCUUCCUGCAUGUACUGGGUGAUGCUCUGGGUUCUGUCAUUGUGGUGGUCAAUUCCCUCAUUUUCACUUUUGUGUGGAAGCCCUGCAAAGGGCUGAACUGCGUGAACCCCUGCAUCAACAGCCACGCCACACACCACCAGCACGUCAAUGAGACUGUAGUCAACCUGAAUGGAGAUAAAAGCGAGGUGGCAGGCCCCUGCUGGGUGCUGUACCUGGAUCCCACAUUGUGCCUCAUCAUGGUGUGCAUCCUGCUGUACACCACCUACCCCCUGCUCAAAGAGUCUGCCCUCAUCCUGCUGCAGACCGUGCCUAAGCAAAUUAACAUCCAUAGGCUAAACGAGCGGCUGCUGAGCCUGGACGGCGUCCUGGCCAUCCACGAGCUGCACAUCUGGCAGCUGGCCGGGAGCCGAAUCAUCGCCACGGCGCACAUCAAGUGCCACGACCCCACGUCCUACAUGGAGGUGGCCAAACGCAUCAAAGACUUCUUCCACAAUGAGGGCAUCCACGCCACCACCAUCCAGCCCGAGUUCGUCACCUUCAGCUCCGAGUCCCGGGACUCCCUGUGCGAGCUCUCCUGUCGGACUCAGUGCGCUCCCAAGCUGUGCUGCGGCUCCGCAGACAAACAGAAGGCCGGCGUUGACUCUAAAGCAGCAGCUGCCCCAUCAGCCCUGGAGGUCAUCAGUGAGACCCCGGAGCAAGCUGCAGAAAUCCAGGUGCGCUCUCGGACUGAGGAUGAGGCUACCAUCGCCAGGGAGGUGGAGUCAUCUCUGUGAAAUAACAAGGACCAAGGCGAACUGAGGGAAAGCUGGAAAACUACCACUGAAGCAUCACUGUCAUUUCCGGGAAGCUGUAGUCUUUUUGACCUGUUAAGGAUCUGGUUAGAAAAUGAUUUAUUCUUUCUGAUCACUUUUUUUCAGCUAGCCCCUUCUCCACCAUGUUGAUGAACUUGAGCCGUUUCUACCAGCCCUCUCCUUCUGUCAUGCCCUGCUCCGCCAGCAUGGUUGUGACGCUCGACGUUUUUUACGGACCUCAUCUCCUCCCGGACUGGUGCGAUGCCUGCAUGACUGUCCCUCGUUUUAGCACCUUGUUGUGAUGUGUCACCUCAUUCUAAUGGUGUGUUUUCUGUGCCAAAGCUUCUCACUGCAGCACCGAAGGUACCAUUGGAGCACACUUUAGUUGUGUAGUUUAGCCUAUGGACCUCGUGGCAAAAUGAGUAAUUGUUUUGCGAAGGCAAUAAGCAAAUCUAUUUUCUUAUCCUUUUGGCUGCAAGUUGAAUAUUAUUGUAUUUCAGAAUAAUUUAAGUAUUUAAGUUAUUAGAAAUAGUUGUAUCUCUCUGUGGAUACUGUUUAAGAUUUAGUUUGAAUAACACAGAAGGAUUUUAAAAAAAGAUUUCUGUCCUGGAGUUUAUUUGAAGAGUGAUAUUAGUGAUAUUUUUUCAAAUUUGAUGCUUUUAUAAAGAUCUCGUUGUCGGACUCUCCUCUGGCCUUGACUCCUUGCAGUCAUUAGUUUGACGCAGACACCUCUCACCUCGCCUUUUAAACUGCUGUGAUUUGUACACAGUGCGAGGGUUUCUUGCACUGGUAAGUUUGGAAAAUUUAAGCCUUGCAAGCUGGAAGUUUGAGCCUGUUGUAAAGAGGCAUGGGCUGGUAUGAUGUAAAAGUAUUGCAGUUUUACAGUAUUACAACCAAAGGGUACAGACUGAUAGAUUCACUUUUAUUUAAAACAAAAAAGCAACAAUUAUUUCUACCACACUUCAAUAUUACAUUGUCUGUAAUGUUUAUUUUGAUUCAAAUUAGGUUUAUUUCAGGGAGCUGACUGCCAGUGCACAACAACAAGUGUGCGAGGGGCAGCACUACGUUAUUCUGUGGUUCAUUCAGCUGAAGGGACCUCCAGCACUUUAUUGGCGUCUAAUUAAAUUAAAAGUACUGUUUAAAACGCUGGGAUACCUUGAAACGGACCGGCCCAUGCCUAGUUGCGAAGAAAUUAGAACUGUACGCCAGUGGUGACACACUGUACUGGAAAACUUUCUUGUGUUGGUUGAUCUUUGCAUAAAAAACAAAAUGUCAUGAAUGUUUUCAGCACCUUGUCACAAUCCAUGCUGGGGGAGUUUUUUUUUUUUACAUUCAUAUUUCCAAGAUGUCGUACUGUGUUUGCAUGACCAAACCGAGACCUGGGGUUCAACAUUUACCGGCUCUACUCUGAGCUCUCGUUGCUGCUCCCCAGCGCCUGCUGGAAUCCUCCAAUGUAACUCAUGACUGUUGAGAAUGACCCAACAUAAGGCUCGCCGGUCUGCUGCUUUGGAGUGCAGAGUAGGCUGUUUGUUGAAUUAAAGUUCAUAUGGUGGCCUUGGAACUUCUAUGACUUUCUCCUGUCAGUCAGCACAGAUAUCAUCUGAAGUUAGUACGUUUCAUAUUUCCACUCCCUACUAAAUGUGUAUGCAAUAUAGAAAUAUGUGCUGGGAAAUGUAUUUUUUUUUUCUUCAUUUGUAACUUUUUGUCACUUUUACUCUGUCUUUUAUGACUUGAGUUCUGUGUGCAAGCUGAAAUGGAAGGUGUUUUUUAUUUCAAGCACAUGCCUGCUGAUGUGUUUUUGAUAUAUAUACAUAUAUAUCUAUAUAUUCACAUUACCUGUCCAAUGUGUCAUUGUGAAAUAAAACCGCUGUUUGGUACUGCUGAAGAACAGAA